AGAGUGUGGGGCAGUGGAGGUUCCCGUAGCGAUGGCAGUGGAAGCCCACACCUGGAAAUCACUCCCUCCCCGCCCCUCCACAGCAGACUUCCCUGGGGAGCGUCUCAGGCCAUUGGAGGAAUGACCGAGAGUGCGCCCUUCUGUAGCUCGCCAGCACUUGGUGGGCGGCAGCAGGCAAGGAUGGAUGUGGUUGACAGCCUUCUUGUGAACGGAAGCAACAUCACCCCUCCCUGCGAACUCGGGCUGGAAAACGAGACUCUUUUCUGCGUAGAUCAGCCCCUUCCUUCCAGAGAGUGGCAGCCAGUGGUGCAGAUCCUCCUGUAUUCCUUGAUAUUCCUGCUUAGCGUGCUGGGCAACACCCUGGUCAUCACAGUGCUGAUCCGGAACAAGCGGAUGAGGACUGUCACCAACAUCUUCCUGCUUUCCCUGGCAGUCAGUGACCUCAUGCUCUGUCUCUUCUGCAUGCCGUUCAACCUUAUCCCCAACCUCCUCAAGGAUUUCAUCUUCGGCAGUGCUGUCUGCAAGACCACCACCUACUUCAUGGGCACCUCUGUGAGCGUGUCCACCUUUAACCUGGUGGCCAUAUCACUGGAGAGAUACGGUGCGAUUUGCAAACCCUUGCAGUCCCGGGUCUGGCAGACCAAGUCCCAUGCCUUGAAGGUGAUUGCUGCUACCUGGUGCCUGUCCUUUACCAUCAUGACUCCGUACCCGAUUUAUAGCAACCUGGUCCCUUUUACCAAAAACAACAACCAGACGGCCAAUAUGUGCCGCUUUCUGCUACCCAGUGAUGUUAUGCAGCAGUCCUGGCACACAUUCCUGUUACUCAUCCUUUUUCUCAUUCCUGGAAUUGUAAUGAUGGUGGCAUAUGGAUUAAUCUCUUUGGAACUCUACCAAGGGAUAAAAUUUGAUGCUAGCCAGAAGAAAUCUGCUAAAGAACGAAAGCUCAGCAGCAGCUGCAGAUUCGAGGACAGCGAUGGGUGCUACCUGCAGAAGCCCAGACACCCCAGAAGGCUGGAGCUCCAGCAGCUGUCCGCCCGCAGCAGCGGCAGGAUCGGCCGCAUCCGGAGCAGCAGCUCGGCCGCCAACCUGAUGGCCAAGAAGCGAGUGAUCCGCAUGCUCAUCGUCAUCGUGGUCCUCUUCUUCCUGUGCUGGAUGCCCAUCUUCAGCGCCAACGCCUGGCGGGCCUACGACACGGCUUCGGCCGAGCGCCGCCUCUCGGGGACCCCCAUUUCCUUCAUCCUCCUGCUCUCCUACACCUCCUCCUGCGUGAACCCCAUCAUCUACUGCUUCAUGAACAAGCGCUUCCGUCUGGGCUUCAUGGCCACCUUCCCCUGCUGCCCCAGCCCCAGCCCUGCGGGAGCCAGAGGGGAGGGGGGCGAGGAGGAGGAAGGCCGGACCACGGGGGCCUCUCUGACCAGGUACUCCUACAGCCACAUGAGUACCUCUGCCCCGCCCCCAUGAG